AGUAUAUUUUAAUGGCUAUGUUUAUAUACGUAAAUUAGGUGCGCCUAUGCGGUGGCGGAUGAAUAUGCGUACAUUGAAAAGAAGGGAAGUUUAAACUGUCAAGCGUCUUCAGACUAAUGAAGUGGGAAUAGAAAGUAAACUGAGCAGCGAUGAGUUCGAGUUCAAAACUGGAAGAUUUAAACCUAACCUCUGAUGAAAUAGACCGCUUCAGCAAAGCCUUCAAAGAUGAGAAAUUCAGAGCGCUGCUGCGCGACUACGCUGAAGAAAUCUCCAGUCCGGAGAAUAGAAAAAAAUACGAACAAGAAAUUGCGAUGAUGGAGCAGGAGAGAGGCGUGGAUGUAAAAUUCAUUCACCCGCAGCCGGGCCACGCACUGAAAACCAGUCUCAACGGGGCUCAGAAGUGCUUCGUUAACAUCUGCAGCAACGACAUUAUCAGCAAGCCGGUUUGUAAACCGGGGAAGGCGGGCGACGGGAAAGCAGGGCAACUGUGGUCUCUGCCAUACAGUCUGGCGCCAGGGAGAGAAGACAUGGGCGCCAAAGGCGAGAGGUGCAUGAUUUAUGAUGUCGUUUUUCACCCGGAUACUCUGUACAUGGCUGGGAAAAACGAGAGGUUUAAGAAAAUGGUCGAUCAGACGGCCAUCGAGGCUAUCCAGAAGCAAUUCAAUGUCAAACUAGACAAGAAAAACACCAAGACCUUGAAAACGAACUACAAAGGCGCCCCCCACCCGACUGUCAUUCGCAAGCCGCUGCCCGGUGCUAGAGAAGCGGAGCCGUCAACUGAGCCGAGUGACGAGGACCCUUUGCAAUUCCCGUACCCCUAUGGCAGUGAUACAAAUAGUGCUGCUGGCAAUGGAGUGAAGGAUAGCCGAAAUGAAGAGGGGAACGCGAAGGGCAAAAUUAAAUUAGACUCGGACAAGCCAAACAAACCCACCACCCCAACUCACGCGAUCAAAUACAGGACUUUCGUUGACUUUCAAGAUUACCGGUACUCCAGAGACUCUGCGCCCAGCACCAGACCCAGAGAGUUGGUCAUUACCAUUGACUUGCCUUUGCUUAAAUGUGCUGGGGACGCAGAUCUGGAUGUGACCGAGAACCGCUUCUUAUUGCAGUCCCAGAAACCGGCUUAUAGACUGGACUUCCCACUGCCUUAUCCUGUUAAUGAAAACCAAGGCACAGCUGCAUUCAUCAAAGCCAGGAAGCAGCUGGUGGUCACGUUACCUGUCCUGCCGGCGGUCCCCGAAGCCAGCAGGCAGGUGGUUUGUGAAGUGCAAAGUGAAUCCGGCGAUACUGUGGAGGAGGAUCAGAGCGACAGCAACGACACGGCGGGAUCUCGAAGCGGUGACACAACCCCUGCCUGUGAUUCCCAGGUGCACGACAAUCUCACAUCCCCUGAAAAUAAAAACCAAAACACAAGCGAGCUUCCUGCCUUCCCUACAGGCGGGCUCGCCCGAGGUGGGGAAGUGGACUUUAGCGAGGGCUCUGUGGAAGUGAUCUGUUCAGACGGAGUAAAGUGUCUGUUUAAUACGACAUAUGAAAGUGAUGAAACACAAGCCUUUACCCCGGUUAAGAAAAGCGAAGAGGCAGCGGGCAGGGCUCAUUACUCCCACCCCUCUGAACACGUCCACGCACAGCCCAAUCAUUUGCAGACUCCAAUUAAAGCUGAAGGUUCUGAUAUUAAGAGUUUGGAAGACUGCCCGUCUCAUAGCGAGCCUCGAUGCCCUCCUUUCCAUCUGAGUCAAGACGAUACGUCAGUAACUCUGUUAAUAGAUGUUAAAGGCAUUGUCAGCGAGAGCUUCAAUAGCACACUUACAGCUACAGCGUAUACAGUUACUUUUGGAGGAAGCGAGUGGGAGAAGGCCUCCUAUUCACUGGUUCUGCAGUUCCCCCCAGCAUGCCGUUUAGAAAGCAGUCACAGUGCUCCGGCUGGGUGUGAGCACGACGCUCCGGUGUGUGUGGUGUUGUCCAAGUCUCCACACAGCGUUGGGUUGUGGCAAACCUUUCGCUUUGGCAUAACGGAAAGUGACUUGCAGGAGUGUUCUUUUAGCAACAUUGAAACUGCAAAUGCAUUGAAACCAUCUGUGGACACGCAGACAAGUCUAAACUGCCAAGCUGCAAGUGAAGUGUUCCCAAAAGACAACCUUAAAACCCAGCAAGAGCCUGGCAUCUGCUACCAAUCUCCGAACAAGUAUAACAUAAUACUUGAUGAAACACCUAAAGCUGCCUCUGUGGUCAUGUCUAAUAGCAGCGGCAAUGUGAACGACAAGGGAUCAUCCUCUAGUGCACUCACCCAAGAGACGGGGCAAGAGGACCACACACACAUAGCAGACGGACUUGCCAACUCUGACACUGCAAUUACGCCAGGGUCUCAAAUAGCCAAUGGAAAGGGUCCAUUGUUAACUAACAGCUCUGCAACAGCUGACCCACCUGCAGUGCCAAACACCAUGGAUGCAGCAACACCAAGGGAGCCAGUAUCUGUAAGCAAGGACUCACCUCCCCAUGACGCUGCAUUAGACACUGGCACAGCUAGUAAAGCCCAGAAAGGGGUCCGGUUGGAGGAGAGGCUGGCAGUGGGAGAUGGGAGUGGGCUGGACGAGGAUGACCUGCCCACGGAGCAGAAGGAGGGUUCAGAGGUCUGCAUGUCUGCCCUGCCCGUCCUUAAGGAAACUAACAGAGAUGGAAGUGUAACGAUUAUAAGCAAUCACACCACCUGCUCUGCAUUCUCUUUACAAAAUAGCCUUUUAUUUGAACUGGACUAAGCGUGAAAAAAAAAAAAAAUCUUUGUAGUGACAAAUGUUGAAGUCUUAUAUAAUGAGAAAAUACAAGCUGUUGGCAAAACACUGCAUAGAAUACAAAGUGUGAAUUCACUGGUGAGCCAUGGAUAUGAAAGAAAGCUUACCUUGUAAUUGUUCUUAGUGUUGAUUUACAAUAAUAUUAAUAAUAAAAAAUGAAUGAAAAGGAAGCUCCCAUUGUGUAAUGUUCUCUAAACAGCAUUGUAUCAAUUUGGUCCUAUAGAGUUAAUCAUCCAUAUCAUAAUAGCUUCAGAAUUUACCCUGAACUCAUUGUGAACAGCAGGCAUCGUAAUUCCUGGUAAAACGUUUGCUUCUUACCAUCCUUCAAGGCUGAAAGCUUGUGCAGAAUUUAGAAUCCUAUUGUAUUUUCCAGAACAGGUCAUGCUACAUUCAGUCAUUUUCCACAGUGUUCUAUAGCGCAAAGCUGACUUGUUUUGCUUUGUGUUUUUUCCUUACCCCAUUUCACCACACACAGUCCCUGGGUUAGGUCACAACUCCCUCUCUCCCACGUUUCACCCAGUCUUCAGCUGUAGCUCUCGAGUCAGCAGCUGACAUUCAAGACACAUGGCCCUUUAUUUUCCCCUACGGGCAAAUCAAAGCUAAAAUGGCCCCACUAUAGCUCAUGUAUGACAUUGGUAAUUAGCCCACAGUGGAAAACUGUUAACGUUAAUGUUGAUUAUCCUUUUGCUUACUUGAACUGCACUGUUGUUUGUUUAGUGCUAUUCUUUCUCAGUGGUCUGUAAGCUGUUAGCUCUCAGAAAAGGAGUGCUACUCAAGGUUUUAAUUUGCCCUCAUUAGUUUCCUGUAUUAAAGAUCUUUUGUUUCUUUGUUGCAUUUUAUAUUUUAAUAAACAGAUAUUUUUCCAGAAACAAUGCGUGCAUCAAAACAAACUGAACGGUUUCUUCAGGGAUGGCAAUAAGACUCAUAUUGCAUAGCACUUUCCACCCCAUUCCAGGUUUUCACAUGAGCCUGAUCAGCCACAGCAUGUAACAAUCUCAGGUGUGUCUGAUUAAACUCCUAGCAACACUGGGAAAUGGAUCAAGCUGCUAUACAAUGGGAGUCUUGGGUUCAUCCCUGUGUUUAAUCAUUUCCUGGGUGUUUGGUCACUGGACCGGCUUGCAGACAGACAAUUUCACACCAGGAAGUAGCAGCAGCUUUACUGUUUCAUAGUCUUUGACCCGCUUGCACAUUCCAAACUAAAGUAUAAAACACAAGAAAAAGAAAGGCAGGAAGGAUGAGUGGAAAGAAGAAAUCAAGUCAGACUUGUGGUUAGCACUUCUUGAAGAAACACAGUGAGGACUGGCCAGUCAAUUCAGAAAGCUCUCCAUUACCCCAAAACACCCUUGAACAGCUUUCAAAACUCAUUUUAAAUAUACAAUAAGAUUGUUUGGUACCUUAAAGAGCGCUGAAAAACAGCAGUCCCUACAGUUAUGUAAUGCACAUAUCUGUUGUAUCAGUAGCAGGUCAUGCCACUGUGUUUGUCUGAUUGCAUUAGCCUACAGCUUUACCAUUUUAAAUAGAAUGUUGUUUUAAACUGCAGAACAUGGAAUUACCCUGCUGCGAAAUGAUAGACAUGAGCUACGCAUGUAUAAGGCUGGGAAUGCUGCACACAGGCUUGCUUUCCAAACCACAGCUCACAUUCCUCUUAGGAUUAGCCUUUGGGUUCUUGAUUCAGAAAGGUAGGAGGAU